UUUUUUUUUGUCUCUCUUUUUUUCCUAUUUGCAUUAUAUAAAAAAGCUCUUUCUUUUUUUAUUGCGUUCUUGCAGCCAAAAAAAAAAAAAUUAUACCCCCCCGAACCCCACCUACAUAUACGAAACAAUGGCAUCCUCUUUUACGGGCUUUGAGAUAUUGCCACUGACGCCAGACGAAGGCGACUACAACUACAACGGUCUAGACAGCAAAGAGCAACAAGAAGACUAUGAUCCGUUAGACGCUACAGCGACGACAUGCAACUGGAUCGACGACUCAGAAUGUCAAGAGAACCUCUUUCAGAUCGUCCCGCUGAUGCCGGAGGAAACAACGAUCGACAAGGACAACCAUAUCCACACGCAUUUCAAGUUGUUUUUUGAAGAGCUGGGCUAUCUGACCGAAGAGCCAGAGCCCAUCGACCCUACAAGGGAUUAUGAUGCAGAGGCACGACAGAUGCUGGAGGAACGGGAUCGAACUCGUCAAAAACAUGUCCAUGUCUCUCGCAUGCCGUCCUUGUCUUAUUCCGGCGUCUCGUCUACUUCUUCCUCGUUCCAUCAUCAAGAGUGUGAUGUCCGUUCUCCGCUGUACAUGGGCCAUACGGGUGCAGAUAACAAUCAGCAUUUCUAUCAGCAGCAGCAUCAUCAUCAUCAUCACACCCCAUAUCAGUCUGCUGCUCAUCACCACCACCCACUCCAUCCUUCGUCACAUCAUCAUCAUCAUCAUCAUCCUCCACAGCAGCUACACAAUCAUGGACAUCAUCAUGUUCCUCACCACCACCCGUCUCCUCUUCAUCACACAACCACAGCGCCCUAUGUACAUUCUUCUCCCAAUUCCACGUACCAUCCUCAUCUUCCGCAUCAUUCACAUCAUCCGCUCGCUGUGGCGCAAGACCAUCCAGCGCACUGCAGCAGUAACGCCACUACCACUACUACUACCAGUACUACUACCACUACUAGUAAUCGUCCUUCACAAAUUCCUCACCAUGCGUAAAAAUACAAAAAACCAACCCCCCCUCCUUCCACAUAUAUAACCCACCCUCCUCUUCCACGGUAACUCACUUAUUUUCCACCAAAAAUCAACGACAAACAAACAUUUGCAUAUAGUCUUAUUCAUCUCCCUCUCUCUCUCUCUUU